GUGUGAGCCCGAUCUCGGAAACGAUCGAUUUCUGAGUGACCCAGAGGUUUGGUAACUCUAUAUAAAAGAGCGAAUAUGGACACAUUGAGAGAGGGUUCUUGUUACUGGCCUCACAUCAGCAACUCGACUCCAUAGCACUCACUGCCUUGCUAGAUAAUCCUCAACUCUUCAUUCUAUCCCUUCACUAUGCUUCCAACCCGCGUGCGAAAUUUCGUUGUCUGGGUAGGCCUGAGUGCCACUUUAGGUCAAGCAAGCAGACUUCGGGUUAGGCAAGAUGUUGUGACUGUCACUCAAACAAUCAUAUCUGCUACGCCAUCUCCCUAUAACUGGGCAGCCGGUGCAACUACGGCGUACCCUAUACACGACUCUUGCAAUUCUACAGAGCGAGCUCUUCUCUCCAGGGGCUUGGGUGAAGCGAUACUCCUCGCUACUCAUGCCAAGGACCACGUCCUCCGUUUCGGAAACAGCUCUGAGUUCUAUACAAAGUAUUUCGGAAUCUCGCCUACAGCUGAGGUCAUCGGAUGGUAUGAUAAGAUUGUGAACGCUGACCGCGGCGGCAUCUGGUUCAGAUGCGACGACAUCGAUGGAAACUGUGCCCAGGAUGGUUGGGCCGGCCACUGGCGUGGAGAGAACGCCACUCAGGAGACGGUGAUCUGCCCUCUCUCGUUUACCUCGCGCAUGCCGCUCGAGGGACUCUGCGGAUAUGGUUACUCUGUCUCAAGCGGCGUGCUGAACUUCUACUUCGGCUCUGAUCUGAUUCACCGUCUUUACCAUCUCCCGAACAUUGGAGAGGGCAUUGUCGAACAUUAUGCCGACACAUACAGCGAAUGCCUCGAGUUGGCGCAGAGCGACCCAGCCUUGGCUGCUCGCAACUCACAUACUUUACAAUACUUUGCGCUAGAUGUUUAUGCUUUUGAUAUUGCGCUUCCUGGGGAGGGAUGCACCGGACGUCCUUUAGAUUCCGAGUCUGAGGAUCCUAGCACGACCACCGAGGUGACCCCGUCGGCUACUACAACUGCAGCAACUGAGUGCCACACGCAUGCCGAUGGAACCCAGCACUGUUCUUAGGAGAGCCCGACGGGAUUAUCUGGGGCUAUCAUGCUUUUUGCGGUUCUCUGCUAGAGGGCGUUAAUAUGCCACAUCACUUAAUUUUUCGAAAAGAUAAGUAGUCAUCAUCUCAAUAGGAAUAAUUACGUAUAGCCCAUCUCUUUCGCAUCAC